AAGAAUCUAGGUCAGCCGUCAUCAUGAAACGCAAGGAGAUAGAUCAUAUCCCUCUUGAUCUAACGGUGGAGAUUCUCACAAGAUUACCAGCCAAGUCUCUUUUGAGGUUCAAAUGCGUUUCCAAGUUGUGGUCGUCCAUUAUCCAAAGCCAAGGCUUCAUCGAUUCCUUCUACUCCAUUUCCUCAACACGACCACGGUUUAUAGUCGCUUUCACCAACGGUUUAUUCGCCAAGGAUAAGGACAAGCGUUUGUUCAUCUUCUCGUCUUCACAAGAGGGACAUGAAUCUUCUUCUGUGAUAACCAAUCUCGAUAUGACAAUACCUUCUUUAACCGUUUGUAAUAACCCUAUGUCACGGUGUGUUUCCGUCAAUGGUUUUAUGGCCUGUUCACUUUACACAGGGCUCAUGAUAUGUAACCCUAGCACUAGACAAAUCAUUGUCUUACCAAUCUUACCCCCACGUCACGCUCCAGAUAUGAGAGGCAGAUGUUUAGGGUAUGAUCCGGUGGAUGAUCAAUUCAAAGCUUUGGCUCUCAUUUCUUCUCGCUUACCUAAUAAUUAUAGUGUAGAGCACUUGGUGUUAACUCUAAAAGGUGAUAAAAAAAAGUACUCAUGGAGGCAAAUCCAAGGUAACAACAACAUCCCACCUUAUUCACCUGUAACUAUGAGAAUAUGCAUCAACGGGGUUGUGUAUUAUGGUGCUUGGACUCCAAGACUACGUAUGAAUGCAGUGAUCGUUUGUUUUCAUGUUAGAUCCGAGAAGAUAACUUUUAUCAAAGCACCUAAGGAUGUCGUACAAUGGUGGGCUGAUUCGAUUUUGAUGGAAUACAAAGGGAAGUUAGCUUCCAUUGUAAGAUACCCUUAUUCUCGUUUCGAUAGUUUUGAUUUGUGGGUGUUAGAAGAUAUCGAGAAGCAUGAAUGGUCUAAGCAAACAUGUGAGAUUCCUUUCUCUGUGUGGGAUUCUAUUGAGGACGGUAACAUGUCUUUUCCAGGUAUUAACAAGUUUGGUGAGAUAAUUCUAGCACCGACAUUCUUGUCACGCUAUCAUCUUCGACCCUUCUACAUUUUCUACUACCAUGUAGAAACAAAGAACAUUAGAAGAGUUAGGCUUGAAGGAAUUGCAGAUGAUGAAAAUUUUAGGCGGUGUUAUGGAAUUGGAAAGAAUGUUGGUCCAUGUAACGUCUUUAUCUCACCUGAACAUGUUGAAACUUUAAGGUUUUUGUAAUGUGUAUUUUUAUUCAAGGAUGUGUCCUAUUUGCUUUUUUUUUUUUAUAUAUACUCAACAUAUAUAUGUUGAUUUUUAGGUACCAAACAAAUUGUUUUGAUACUUUGGGAUUUGCUAGAUGUUGAACAUAAUAAAUGAUGUGUUGUCUAAAACCAUAGCAAUUUUAAAGAAUACUAGUGAUUCAUUCUUAAGAUGGGAUGUAGAAUCCUUUCUCAAAAUUUAUGAAUGUUAUUUUCUUUUCGUUGCUCUGUUUUUUUUCUGUUUUAACUGUUAAAUUGACACAACUGAGUGGUGGUCCUAAUGAGCUUCUUCUAAUAUAACCUUGCAAUUAACUACUUCAUUGUUAUUAUAACGGAUCCUUUGGUGACAUAUCUUUUUCCAUGGCAAUGAAUAGUUUCUCUCAUAUGCUGAAUAUUGCUGCAGAAUAUAUAGAUUCUAGGUACCACCAUGGUUCUUUAUAAAGAACAUUUCGAGGAUUUCCAUGAAGCCAUCAAAGCCCAAUUACUUGUAUCUCACGGAAGUAAGAAACCAUCUAUGGGAGACUGAAAAUUCUCCAAUG